UAUAAACUAAUUGUUUUCCCAACCUUAUCUGGAUUCUCCAUAUUAUCUUUCUGUGCAAAAAAGGAGUCACUACUAUUCUCGAAUUCUAUUUUACAACAACAACAACAACCAAGGCCUAGGUUAGCAGCGCUUAUAAAUAAUGUGUUUUUCUGCCUUCGAACUCUAAAAAAAGAAACCUAGUUUUUCCAUUUUCCUCUGUAUCUCAAAUUCCAUUCAUUAUUCUAAACAAAAAAAAAUGGCUCGGGUUCCCAUGAAGAGCUUUCAGCUACUCGGACGAUCAUACGCAGUAGCAGCGGAGAAGAUGAAAGUGCCAACCGUGGCAUCGGUUAUGAGGAAGAGAACAGAUUUGAAGGCAGAAUUAGUUUCAGCAGAAGAGCAGAAGGAGACGUUCUGGAUGAGAGAUCCGAAGACCGGCAACUGGAUUCCAGAGAAUCAUUUUGGCGACAUUGAUGUUGCUGAGCUGAGGGAGAAACUUCUUUCCAAAAAAAUAAAUAAGAAGUAGAGAAAUAUAAACCAAGUCAACGACUUUACUCGAAUAGGAAUUGACCUGCAAAGACUUAUUAUAAGCCGAAGCUUUGGCUGAUAAUAAUGUUAAUUAGAGCUCUUGCUGAUUUCUGUUACCAUCGACUGAAUAAAUUUACUUGCGUUCCCGCUGUCCAUGGUUCUAGUUUUGCAAUGCAAUUAAGCGUCUUGUUUGCUAUGGUAAAUUUGCAUAAGACAGUUUCCUUUCAUUCCAAUUUGAUUGAUUUUUUUACAAAUUGGUUAAAAACAAGACAAACAUUAAUCUAAUGGAAUAUAAAUUUUUCCAAUCACAGUUUAUGCACAAACCAAACCAUGUUAUGGAUACCUAAGUAAAUAUGUCAAAUUUUAAACAUAAGAGCAUUAAAAAAAAAAAAA